AUGGAAUCUAGGUGCGAGUACGGCGACGGUCUGACGCUAUCGCUGCCGCUGCGCCGCCACCGCCUCCUUUCAGUGGUACAUCAUAAUUUACUUCAGUACAGCCUCCGCUUAGAAAUAUUCGAAUUCUUAAAGUCUCAACCGCACGCGCCGUCCCUCGCCCCCGGCGCUCGCCUCUCGAGGUGCAGCUUAGAGGUCCGUCCGCAGGAUGAGCAGCGCGGAGGGCGCGGAGGGCGCGGACGGCGCGGCGCGCGGGAGGGACGCCGCGAACUGCGCGUGCACCGCGCCCCAGCGCGCGUCGCGCGUCGCGUGCGCGCGCGCGGCGGGCGGCGGCGGGCGGCGGGCGCGGCGCGCGCGGCGCGGGCGCCCCGCGUGCGUGUCCGGCGGCGACGCCGGCUCGUCCUAGAAAAUGAAUAUGACAAAUUACUAUUUUUAGUGGUUAAAUAUUCUUUCAAAGUGGUUAGAGCCCAUUCAGACGACGACCUUUUAACACACAGCCGUCGCUCAUGUAACACAACAGAUUCGCGCUGC